GGCGUACAAUUAAAGAUGGCGGACAAUCUGGCGGCGGAUUGUUGUUGAAACGCUCUCUUUAUGUAUACAUGUAUAGACUCUUUUUAUGGCCAGAUACAAUGAUUAACCUUCUUGCGUUUCCUUUGACGUUGCAAGAUAGUUCAAAUUUUUUAAAACGAUAUGUACCAUCACCCUAGUAGAGCCGCCAAGACCGGACGUGUGGUUGCUAGGGAUGUAAGAGAGUUUACAGGCUUUUGCUCUGUUAGCGGAAUGCGGCUCUCAGCAGGUUUUUUACAUUCACUUUUUAAUUUGUACAGGGUGCAAACUUUGGUUUACAGUACAGCUUACAAGCUCAGGCGACUCCGGUGAUCGAAAGACCGCAUGGAAAACAGGUAAUAAAAAAGUGAAGAAUUUGAUGUGCCCGAACGCUAAAGAUGACGAUAAUAACACUGAACCUGACUUCAUUUUCGAUUCACCGGUAUAACUCUUUGUUGGUUACUAAAGACGAAACACCCACAAAGCUUUUAAGCCUGAGGAUAAUGAAUCCACUGAAAGAGUAUACUGUGCCACACAAUGGAAGUAUUAAUGCGUGUUCAGGAGAAAUUUUGACAUUACAAACUUACAGUAUUAUGCACCAGUCAUUUGAAACCCUCGGACACACUUGGCCUCAUAUUUACUCCACUUUUGUUCCCCGGUAAGUGGGGGAUGUGCUAUGUAAAACAGAAUUUUCAAUUAUAAGUACCAGCCAGCAGCUGGCCAAAGUUAACAACAAUUGCAUUAGGGAUGGGUCAACUGAUGUUUGUCCUGUAACAGUAGCUAGAAACCUAGGCUCAUGGUUUGACGAGCAGCUCACUAUGUCAACUCAUAUUAGCAAGUUAUGUGGUGUUGCCUUUUACCAUUUGCAUAAUAUCAAACGCAUUCGCAAUUAUUUGUCUCAAGAAUCAACAGAAAUGCUUGUCUAUGCAUUUAUUGCAUCUCGUGUUGAUUAUUAUAACAGUCUUGUAUGGGCUGCCCAACUACCAGCUUAACAAAUUGCAGAGAGUUUUGAAUGCCUCAGUCAGGCUAGUUUGUAAUGCCCCUAGGUUUUGCCACAUCUCUCCCCUUCUUCGUGGUCUACAUUAGCUUUCUGUUAAAGCCCGGAUACAAUUUAAGAUACUACUUAUUACGUUCAAAGAAAUUCACGGGCUUUCUCCUAAAUAUCUAUGCGAUUUACUAACAUUUAAAUCGUACUUAUAUAACCUUAGAUCUUCAAAUAGUAUUUUACUUUCUAUGCCAGCUGUUCGAUCAAAGACGUUAGGUGAUAGAGCUUUUAUGGUAGCAGCGCCAACGAUCUGGAACUCUCUUCCAAAAGAAUUACUAAUGUGAGCAGUUUUAAGGUGUAUAUUAAGACUUAUCUUUUUAGAACUUUAUAUUGGUGAGCAAUGUUAUAUUCAGUUCUUACUUGCAGGCAUAUAUAUUCUUUUUCUUGUUAUUUUUUUAUUUAUUUUUGUUUAUGUUUUAUUUUUAAAUGCAUUAUCUUUUAUUUGUUUCUUGUAAGGUAAUGCGGUUGUAAUGCGCAGAUGAUCAUUCUCAUGUUAAGCUGCGCGCAAUAAGUUCAUAAAUUAUUAUUAUUAUUGUUAUUAUUAUAUUAAUCCCUGUCUUCACCUCCCUGACAGGAUAAUAAGCGAGGCAGUCACUCUGUAAUCAGCGGUUUUCAUUUUUGUCCUGCAUAGUAACAUAACUGUUAAAACAGCCAUUUCUCUUCAAAUGAUAUCAAUUAAUAUUUCAUAUAUCACAAGACAUAAUAAGCUGUUACUUUUGGAUAAAUAGUGUUUUUCUUUGAGUUUUGUGGUAAUUGUCAGUAGUCAUUGUAGUUGUCUGUUGUGUUUCAUUGGGGCCAAAAUAAUAUGGGGAAAAAAGACAUACAGCUAUAAACUGUACCAUUAAAUGGUAUAGUUUAUUUUAUAUGAGCGUAUCAGGUGUGUCUUAGCUGAGUUGCCUCCUAUUACUUGUGUUAGUGGCCUUUUUGUUUAUAAGACUUUAAAACAGGAGUUGUAAUAAUUAUUGAUUUUGUUGUUUUCUUGCAUUUUGUGACGUCAAGUUGUAAAAUAGAAAGAUCAUUUUGAAAUCUUUAAUUAAUAGUCUUCAUUUUCUUUCUACAUUGAGGAUUUACAGGUGUGGCAAUAGCUGCUCUGAAAUUAAACGUUUUCUUUCACAGCUAUUAUCAUAUUAUUUUGUCAUCCCUUGUUAUGCUUGUUAAUAAUGGAUUAGAGUUGAUUUUAAAAGGGAGUACUGUGUACAAUGUACACGUGUGUGUCAUAUAGGGGUGGGGGAGUUCACCAUUCAUGGCCCAAGGAAGUGGAGAAUUCAAGGGUCUAAAGGAUUCAAAUGACUGUUGCAUUAACUUGUGGAUGAGAAAAAACAAACUGUUUGUUCAUUACAUGUACACUUCAUUCUAAAAAGGAAAAGAUCAAUAAAUAAUUAUUAAUAAUUUUAUUUUGCUUAGGAACUUUACACUAUGCAAGUGUAAGUGGUAAUAGAUCAGUUUAUUUGCAAUUGAUUACGUAGUUACUGUGCAUGUCCCAUUGUCUGUAUGGCAGCUUUCCUUUUUUCCUAAAUGUACAAUUUGUAUCCAGCAAACACAAAAAAAUUGAGGCAAGUCAAGAAAAACGUUUUUCGAUUUUUCUGUAACCUGCAUCACAGAUGUAAUCUUACACUGUUAAGCAAGGAAGUUCCAAGAUCUGAGCCACCAACGGACUUAAUGAAAUGGACUCAAUGAAUUUCCAGAAGUGCACUUCAAAUUUUACGUCAACCGCAUAAACUAACUGAACGAUGACCUUUUUAACAGGCCAAUCAUGCCCUGUACUCAAAUCCAGGUACACAGCUGGAACUCAGGAUAUCGGAGAUGUUUCACAGAGUUAACCAGAAGUUUUGUCUGCAGUGCAGGCUAAUUCUCCCCCACUGUUAAAAAAAAAAAACAUUUUUUGAUAUUGUAAUAUUGUGCGAUGUAUUGAUAACUGUUUUGGAUGGGAAAAUACAAAUUUGCCAGUAAAUUGAUUUGUUUUGAACUUUAUCUUUAUCCUGCUUUGCUGUUUUAGGGUGUUCCUGAAUGGAAACAAAGUGCCUAUAGCAGAGAAACUGGUCCUUUGACAAGACCAUCUUCAAACACUAGGAUUGAUAAUGGCACAAAAUAUCGUCACACCAUAUCACCACCUCAAGAUGUUGAUCGUCCCUCUUCCAUUUUACGUAAGUAUGCAGUCUUGGAAAGGUACAUGUAGAAAACUGUAAACAGAUUAUGCAUGUUCCACCUGAAAACUCCAGACAAAAAUUCCAAAUGGCAUAAUUCUGUUUCUUGUAAAUGCAAAGCUUUCACAAUCAAGAACAAUUGUGAUUUCACAUUUAACUUUUGCUGAUUACUUCUAUGAGUUUUUUUUUGUGCUGCAUCAUUUCAUAUUAAUUUUAUUGCAGAAUAUUCCCAUUCAAGUGUUGAUGUAGUGCAAGAUUCUAAGCAGAAUUAUGCAACCCCAUCUUUCCGAGAACUUCACAAAGUUCAGCGCCAGGUUUUACAGCCAGCCCCAGCAUAUGUGACGGACCAAACAUCUACAUCAGGAGCUUCAGCAAGUUUUAUGAAAGUGAUGCCAGAAAACACUUAUGAGGACAGUUUGCCGAGUCGACAUUCAUUUAGUGCUGGUUCUCAGGCACAGUCCAGAAGUAAAACACAAGUUUUCCUUCCAGGUGAGAAAAGCUCUCGUUGCAAGUAUCUUUUUGUUGAUAAUUAUUAGGCUGCAUAAAAUAAAGCUUAGCUUGUGAUCAAGCCCUCCAUCUGGGGGAUGGGGACUAAAAAUCACCAGGAGAUGGUGAGGGAGAAAAUGGAAGAGGGGUGCCCUUGAUUGACUCCCUUUACUCGUUGAGUUUUGCCGUUUUUUGCAUACAUAAAUACACUGUUUACAGGUAGCCAUGAUGACACCUGAAGGAAGAUCAUGAGGUUAUCCCCAUAUUAAGAUCUCUCCUUACAGAUAGCCCACCCAGCCCAGUGAAGUUUGGCCACACCACUGGGGUCCACAUGUACAUGUACAUCCCCUACUCCUUUCAAACAGUGAGUCUGUGGUAGGGGUUCAUUUACAUCCCACAAGAUAGAACCAGGUAAGUGAAGAUGCUGAGAGAAGGGACCUACGGUUGUGGGCCUACUGAGUGUUGGUCUGGCCGGGGUUUAAACCUGCGAACUCCCACUAAACGGACCAGCACUUUCCCAGCUGAGCUAACCGGGCAGUGGUAUAACCAAGUACCCUGGUCCCAGGUUAUACAGAGUGGAGGGACAGAUUGAAACAUGAAAUUCACGUUUUGUGUAGCCAAAUAUAAAAAAGUUAGUGAACUACUGCAGUACUUAAGCCUGUAUUAAGUGGUCCCCCAGUCAGUGAUUGGCCAACUGACAGGUUCCUCAUUAUAUAUUGUAAUAGAAGUGAGAAAAAUUACUGAGAAUUUAUACUGAGGGCUAUAAGAUAGACACGUUUGUUUAAAGACACCUAAAGUUGGUCCCUGCCUUUCUUUACUCCUUUUAUUUGACUCUCUGUAAGACAGACACUUAGUUCUGGUCGCAGAGGUGUCCGUCUUAGAGAGAGUUGACUUUAAAUGGGAAUUGGCUGUUUUUGCAGGUGACAGGGUGAUAUUUGCUGAAUCGCCAUCAGCGCCAGGUAUACCUAUUGUUUACAGGCUCCCCGAGGAAAGACAGGCUAAUCCUGACAGACUCAAUUUAGACAGGUACCUUUAAAAAUUUCUCAAAAUUCAGCAAAAUUUAGAAGUUUCUUUCGUAAAAUGCUGAAACACAAAUAGUACUAUGUGGGAAAGCACUUGGAUAGUGCAGUGGUGAGAGCACUCACCUCCCACCAACAUGGCCCGGGUUCAAAUCCCUGCAUCGAUGCUAUAAUAUUAUGUUGAUUGAGUUUGUUGUUGUUUCUCUGCUUUACUUCAAGAGGUUUUUCUCCAGUUGGACCUAAAAUGGUAGAUAAAGUUAACCACUUUGUAGAUGUGCUACCUCUAAAUUACUGUGUGUUUAUUUUUUUAUGUACAAUGUAUGUAUGUGGAAGUACAGUGGACUGCCAUGUUAACACCAUGGGGUUUUUUGCACACACACUUAAGUUAGAACCACUAUAUGAGACUCUAUUGUACACUCUGAAAUUGAUCAAAGGAAUCAAGUUUUGAGUUUUGAGGACUAAGUUUCAAGGUUACUGUAGAUUGCCAACUUUUUUUACAUGCCUUUGACUGAAACUGAAGUUAAAAAAUGCAAAUUGCACAAGAGCAUCUUUAAUUCAUAGCUACUCUUCAUUGUACCAGAUCGUUAUUAUAACUCACCAUACUUUGCUUGAUGGAUGUACUGAUAGAGUAAUGUUUGCUUAUAUUGUUUAAUAUUAGGAGGAGAUUGACAAUAUGCCCCAUACUUGAGGGUGAAGACUACCUUCGUCUCUUGAACUUUCAACACAAUUUGAUUAACAGAAUCUCUCAUCUUGAAAAUCUCAAAAGGCUUAUCUUCCUGGAUUUUUAUGAUAAUCAGAUUGAAGAGAUUUCAGGUCUGUCUGCCCUGAGAUCUCUUAGAGUCCUCAUGUUAGGAAAAAACAAGUAAGUAUUUUUGAUACCAAAAAUAGGAUACAGUCAAUGCUCUCUAAGCCUUUAGGACAGUCACUAUGUGUCAGUCUUAGAGAGAUGUCCGUCUUAUAGAGAGUUAACUUAAAGGUGUCUGUCUUAGCAAGGUGUCUAUCUUAUAGACCUGCUGUUACAGUCAAACCAAGUCAAGCGUUCCCGUCGCUAACGAACUAAUGAAUUCAUUCACGGAAAAAUGAUUUCGUUUGUUGAUUCAAUAAUCCAUUCAUAAAAUGAACAAUCCAAUAGUCAUAUUUAGCCUCGAUUCCCUAAUCGAAUGUUGAUUCGAUUACUGUUUUUUGAAAAAUUACACUUUCCACAAGUUGACCUCAGAAUUUGUUUUUUCCUCUUUUUUUUCUGAGAGUCGAGUGCUGGCGAGUUCUGAAGUUCAAACCCAAACAAACUGUUACAUGUACGCCAGUUUGCUGCCAAUAAUCAGUGCAACAGACCUAGGCCUGACCUCUUAGAAAACACGACGGUCAAACUGAGGUCAGUGUAUGUGCGGUGAUUGGUGGAUUUCGAUCCUCGACCUUUGUCAGUUUCUUUGCGUUUGCGCGGUCUGUCUAUUCUAGCUGUUAUUUUGAUUAAAGGCAAUGAAAAACGCAAUCGUAAACGGCAGGAAAAGGGAAGCAAAUACGAUUGAACACAACAGACAAGAAUAAAGAACAGGUAGAUUUUGUUCAUAAACCAAAUCAACAUUUGAUUAUUGAAUCGAGGUACAAUUUGACCGUUGGAUUAUUCAUUUUAUGAAUGGAUUAUUGAAUCAACAAACGAAAUCAUUUUUCCAUUAAUGAAUUCAUUAGUUUGUUAGCGACGGGAACGCUUGACCUGGUUUGACUGUAAACAGAGUGUUGAACUUGUAUGAAAACUAGACUUGUACUGGAAGAUAUGAUGUACAUAUGUACACUUCAGGUCAAAAGUUUUUAACUGCUGCAGAUGGUAAGUCGGCACUUAUUUUUUGAAAAUGGUGUAGAAGUUAGCUUUGGGAAAGGAGGUAACACGUUAAGCAUUACACAGAUGUAGCCGUAAUCACACCGAUAGUAUAAUAGGGGCUUGGCAAGCCAAAACACUGCAAUUAAUGAACACUUUUAGGUCUUGUUCAAAACAAGUUGCAUGUGCUUGGAACAGGGUUGCACAGUCUUGAAAAGUCCUUGAAUUUUCUUCAACUUUGAAUUUAGUGGCCUGGAAAGUGUUUUUUGAUGCUUUUUGCUUGUCCAAGACAGAAUGUGAAUCAUAGCUCUGAGAAUUUAUAGGUUAUUUACGCAUAGUGCUCAAUGUUUUAUGCAUUAAUUAACUACCAAAUUAAGACAAGUGAACUGAAGAAUGUAGAGAAGUUGGUGAAGCAAACAUUUCAGGCCUUAAAGCCUUAUUAGAGUAGACUGGGGAAUGUGUAUUUUUGUACAACCUGUGAAAUUAUACUCCUAGUAGAUGGUCAUUGAAAAGCUAAUGUGGUACUUGAAAAGUCCUUGAAGAAUGGUUGUAAUUUUUUGUACGAACCGUGUACAAGCCAAAGUUUCCAUCUAAGAAUUGUCUGUGAAUGAUGUGACCCUUAAGGCUUUUACAAACAUUCAGAUCCGUUUUAUACCAUGUGCCACUCACAACAACUAAGUCCGCCAAUUGAGCCCUCCACUGCCCGCCCAUUAAAGAAUCCUUUAUGACAGUAUUCUAUGUAACAUGUAUGUAUUUUUUAACUUGCUUCAGAAUAAGAAGAAUCAGUAAUCUUGAAUCUCUUACGAAACUUGAUGUGCUUGACCUACAUGGCAACAAGGUUUGUCGAAACUAAAAGGCUCUCAGUAAGACUUAAAUAUCAUUAGUUUUCAUAUGUCAAGGCAGCUUAAUGAAGCAUUUUGCAUAUUACGUACAUGUGGACAGUGCUAUGUUAAGUACAAAAGGUUAUGUUUUUCUGAACAACUUCCAAACACUGAGCACAGCACGAACCUUUCUACGACAGUUUUCAGAGGUGGUUCAACUCUUCUAAAGACAUCUAAAGAGAACCGAAGAAGUUCCAAACGCGUUUCGAUCCAACUGUCUGAACUCGUUUGACGCUACGCUGUAUUAUAUUGAGGGCAAAAAAAAGUAGAUAACAUAAAUUUAUGAGUAAUAUCUUCACGUUUUCUUAGUACAGGGCUUGAAAUAACUAUUGGGCAGGCGCUGGACACAUUGUCCGGUCAAACGUGAUUUUGCUUGGACAUAGGCAUUUUUGGCCGGACAAAUUUAAUCCAUCUUAACUAGUUGCAAUAGAGGCUCCAUUUUGCAAGUUACAUGAUCUGUAUCAUUUUCAGCAACAGCAACUCUAGUUACUCAAAACAAAUCGAGUGUGCAAAAAAUUAGAAGUUGUAGUUUUAUUACUCUUUGUUCUGUUUAUACAUUGUAAGUCAGACACGUGGAUUGCAAGACACAACCUCAUCGUUAACGUUUGGUUGAAACCUGACCAAAUCACUAACAAAACGUAACCUUCAACUUUAUAGUACAACAUUUACAUUUUAGCAAAUGCUGCUUUGUUUCUACAAAUAAUUUCAAACGGGCAAAUAAACUUGUGAAAUCGUUUGGUUCAAUAAACAGGGGCACCCAACGAGAAUAUAGUUCAAAACCACUUAAACAUAGAAUUGUUAAACGUAUUUUAGUAUUUAAACGGUAAAAUGCUGCUUUGUUUCUACAAAUAAUUUCAAACAGGCAAAUAAACUUUACAACAAAAUCGUUUGGUUCAAUAAAUCAAUCUCUCAAUUAACACGAUAAUAAACGCUAUUAAACGGAAUGUAAAUUAAAAUACAAGUAUGUAAUAUAAUCCUGACUUACAAGUUUACUCUACCGUUCGGUUGAAUGCAAAUCUAUACAUUUUGUAAAUUCUCCGUUACAUCUCUUACAAGUUGCGCAUUGAAAAUAAUCGUAUCCUUCGGCGUGACCUGCUGGCGGAAGUAACAUCGCCAUUGGCACAAAAAAUCAUGGUAGUGGGCAUUCAUUGGCAUUUGAAUGCGUUAAAACUUAGACAUAAUGUAUUUCAAAGAGAACAGGGUGAUGAAUGUUGAGUUAACCUUGUGAAUUAGUCGUUUAGUGAUAAACACGCAACAAAUUUACGGACAGGGCGAAAUAAAGACAAACUCUAUUUUUAUGUUUACUUCAUUAACACUCAAAGCCUUUUAUUUUAAUGUUACAUUUGUGAAGUUUUAUUGGAGCAAGAGGGUGGCCUAAUUCAUUAUACUGUCACUCUGGGUCUUUCUUUUUUUCGCUCUUGUUGGCACCAGAUGCUAUGCGGGUUAUUUUCGGCGCAGCGGGGCGUGCAAUCUUGAGCACUUUACAACACGCACAGCAGUAGCGAAUUUGCGGUCGCGACUGACAACAGAAAAUGUCAUCAAUUUCACAAACAAAAGUCCCUCUAGUUAAUAUCUUUUUGGGGAACAUGAUAAGAUUGAAUAAAUUUCCAUCAUGAUUGUCUCAAAAUUGAAUUUUCUUUGAAAGCCCAAAUGAUUGGACAACAUGUCCGGUCAUCCACGGAUUUACUCGGACAAUGCUCGAUUCUGACCAGACAUUGUCCGUUGACCGGCCGUUAUUUCAAGCCCUGUCUAAGUACGGUGAAGGUAACGUUGAUAUCUUUUUAAACGUGCUGUUCAGUGUUGGUUAAGGUGAACCAUGUUCCUUGAUCCAGCGUGCUUUUAGUGAAGAUCUUCAUGAGUGUGUAGCAGGGUUUGAAAGUAGUCUCGUCCGGUAGUCCGGGACAAGUAAAUUUCCUUGCUGGGGGAGUAACUGUUAAAGUUCACUUGCCCAAUGGGAAAGGGUGCAGGCAAUUCAUUCUCUAACAAAAUAAUUAACUAAGGCGCACAAGAAGUGGUACCGGGAAAAAAAAUGUGAGAACUGCUUGCUCAAAGGACAAGCUUGAAUUCAAGUUUUUUUCAAGCCCUGGCGUGUACAGUGUAUCAUUAAUAAGUACUUAUGAUUUUAUCUUUUUAUUCUCUUCAGAUAGUAAAGAUCGAAAAUCUUGCACAUCUCACUGAGUUAAGAGUUCUCAACUUAGCUGGGAAUGAAAUUGUGAAUGUUUGUAACGUCAGUGGAAUGAAGGCUUUGGCCGAACUGAACUUAAGAAGAAAUAAAAUUUCUACUGUGGUACGUAUGUAUUUUUCUCCUGGUAUUUUUUAAAGUUUUUAAGUUGCUAAAACAGAGUGGGGGAGGGAGCGACGGCUGAGGGGACAAAAAAACUCAGAGUUUUUCCUUUGCGUUUUUCUCUUGUUUGUCUGUUGUUUUUUUCCAGUCAAACAUAAAUUUAAUCUGAAGAACCUCCCAUAAAUUCGCUUUUUUACAGGAAGAAAUCGACCUGUUGCCAAAUCUUCAAAGACUGUUUUUAAGUUUUAAUUGUAUAACAAGGUAAGAUCCUAUGAAAUUUGGUCUUUUCUUCUACAAGCCGAUUCACCCACCCUGAGGUCGAUUCCCGUACAUCAUUUGAGUUGCUUCACCUCCACUGAAGUCUGUACGUGUAAUAGUUCUGUACAAAUAGGAGUAAAGCUCACCGAUGUUUAAAGCAACUGUGUUGGCGAAUCGUCCUCAGUUUAGGCGAAACAACUUAGAUCAAGUAUAGGCGAAUCGACCUCAGUGUAGGCGAAACAACCGACGUCGUUCGCAUAGACUACGUACUGCACUGUCCCUUUAAAUGACGAUAUGAUCAUCGCAGUGGUAAUUGCAAUUUAAGCAAUUGCAAAUUAACCUGCAGUUCACAUCAUCUUUAUUCCAUGUAUCACUACUCUUUCUAACACUUGACGUGACUUUGCUACAGAUGUAUACUGAUAGAGGUGUUAAUGAUUCAUCUCCUUUCUUCAUUUUUCAGCUUUGAUGAUAUAACGUGUUUAUCAAAUUCCAAUUCCCUUAAUGAACUGUCCUUGGAUGGGAAUCCCUUUUCAGUAGACCCCAGUUAUAAACAGGUCAUUUUAAGGCACCUAUCAAGUCUGCGCCAGCUCGAUAUGAAACGGAUUUCGGUAAGAGUUAAAUGUAUUUUUUCGUUGUUUCCGCUCGAAUUGUGAAAAUUUUGACGCCAGUUCUACGGUCUGUAAAAGUAUCGUCAAUGGGAAAUUGCUGUCUAUUUGUUUGCACAAGACUGUCGUCAGGUCUUCGGUAUUGCCGCCGCUAGAUCGUUAUUCAAGGACUAGAACGACUACGGGGACAAGAUUUGACUUAAAGUUUUUUUGCGUAUUCUCAAAACAUAGACACCCUGGAAAGAUUUUUUUCACCAGGAGAGUUAGCACUGUUAUCUUCAUUAAAGGAGGUUAUGCCCUCUGCCCAUCGCAAAAUGAUAAAACUUCUGACAUUUGAUAACUUGUUUCUGCCACUAAGACAUAAUUGUUAAAACUCGUAGUAGAAUGAUUAUGGCUAUCACGUUUUCCCGCCAAAUCGUAGCUGGUUCAUGCGCGAGCACUACUUGGUAUUGAGAAAGUCUCGAACUCUUAGCCGAACUGGCCUUAGAAUCUAAAGGUUUCUAUUACUAUCGGCUUUAGAACUAGUAGGCAGUUCUAAAAGAACAAGAAUGUAGUGGUGUUUUUGUUGCAGGAAGAAGAAAAAAGAAUAGCCUCAGUCAUGGCAAGAAAAGAAGAAGAGAAAAAGAAAGAAAUCAGUAAAUUAGCUGUGCUAAAGGUACUCCAUGUCUCGGAUCGAUGCUGUCUCCCUGAUCUGCCACUCAGAAAAAUGAUGAAAACGAAAUCUUAGGGCACUUUCCAUAAAGAGAAUACCAUUAUUAAUCUACCCGUCAAUUUCUAUUCCUUCGGAAAGGUUUUGCGCGAGAACUCUUGAAAAAUCCUAUUUCAUUUACAAAAUGACGUGUCCUGCUUGCCGCCGGUUGGACAAAACCUGCCCAUUUACAUUCCCGUUUCUAUUUUUGUGUUUCCAAAAGGUGUAAACACUCUCACCAUUUUAAAAUCCCUGCAAGUAUACUCUCUAGCAGCGUUGACUAAUACAUCCAUGUAAUAGUUCACUGGCAGUUUCUUGUAAGGUCUGUCUGUAUGUAUUCUAUUUCUUUAUAAAAUUCAGGAAAAACGUCGUAUUGCUAUCAACAAUGCACAGCGGCAGUGGGAAGUAUCGCGAAUCAAAGAAAGGUAUGUGCAUUAUUACAACGAGUUCACUGACCGAUGCACCUGUUUAAACUUGUAACCUGAAAUAUUAAAAUAUUAUUAGUCUUGGUCUCUGUACACACCAUACCGGAUGGCUUUCGCGCCGGCACGAAAAUCGUACGGGACAGGGCUUCUGUUUACACAUGGUUGUGGCGGCGCGAUUUCUGUGACGGAAGCGGCGUCAUAUAUCGGAUAGGUUUUGUGUUAUACUUUGAUGCAUGACCCGUCGCGGAAGUAAAUAGGGAUCUUAAGAUCCGACGACGGCGACGGCAACGGGAAGGGCACAAAAGUAAUAGGUUUAAUUAGCAAAACAAGAAUUUUGUACGUGCAUCACGCUUUUUUGUACAUUUGAUUUCUUUGCCGUCACUGCACGACUACGACGUGACAAUGCCUAAUUUCACGAUUUACAGAGGAAGUACACAAGCGAAAACGAAAUUUCCUCUCUCUUUCUGAACUUGAAUAUGGUUCUUAGGAAUUCAACUUUAGGAGGGUUCGCCUACAUUUGACAAAGUUAGUGACUUAGAGUAAUCGCGAUGAAGAUUGAAAGAACGCGAAUUCACUUUUUGAGCGACGUUUUCUCUGCUGUCGCCGUCGUUGGAUCUUAAGGUCCCUAAUAAGUAGACGGAGACGGAGGUAAAUAUUAAGGAGUGAGGACUGGAAUUUAGUGCACCAAACCCUCUCGGCCAACUGCAUCGGCGAUGUUGGAUGUGAGUGAAAGACUUCUGCCACCCCGGGCUGAUGCUCUUUAUACUAUACCCGGAUAGCUUUCCGUGCAGGCGGUACUGUGUGAGCAUAGCCUUGCAGGACAUUAUGUCAUGUUGUUGGAAAAUAUUAAGCUUUUAUACUGUACAUGUGUGUUUGUCACUGCUCAGACAAAUCACUAGAUGUCACGUAGUGAAAAACUUUCCCUAAGCAAGGUGUCCCAAAUGUCUGCAAAAGAAGCUCUAUCUCCUCCGCGGUUGUGGCUACUAGGAAGUGAUUUUCUGCCGUUUUUUUGGCCUACUUGUCUGCUUAAGCUUAUAAAAUUGAAUUCUUUUACAUGUAUCCUCACUAAGUACCUCAAACUACAUAGUCAAGAUUAGCGACUUUCUUUCGAAGAGAAUUUAGUGUAGACUGGAGUCAGUCUCCUGAUGGAGAUAUAGAAGGUGAGUGCCUCUAGCACUGGCCAUUUAGCACUUAUAAUUUCAGUUCUUCCCCCAUGGCAAAAGAAAGGAGUAAUGUUAAGGGUACUUUACUCACGCCAAAUCUAAACUGUUUGCAGCUUGAAGUCUGAUUCGCGAAACAUGACAGAGAGUGCCUCGCAAGCUCUUCAAUUUUCUGGAAAUGCAGAUGGUCCCGGCCCUGAGCCACCAGAGAAUAAUACGUAAGUAGCAUUGGCUGACAUGACGCUGAAAUUUUCAUCUUGCCCCGAGCCAUCUGAUGGAUAAACAUCACGGCAGGAGUUGAAGGAGUAGUAGGAGAAGUAUACUUAAUUCAAAUGUCUGGGUUUUUAGCUUUUAAAAUCUAUGAAAAUGCAAAAAAUCCUCCCUGAAACUGCCUCCUCUACAGGCCAGGCUCCCAAGGCAUAGUGGGGAGCACGGAGCAAGCGAGAGGGGGGUUAUGGGAACGAGCGCAGAGCGCGAGCGGGGUGUGACGGAAAGGAAAUCAUUUUGUUUGGAAAGCGAAGUGGGCCCUGAGAGAACGCGCUAGUGGUGAGCAAAACCGCGAGGGACUUUCUUCACACUUAAGGACCCCCAUAUGAAUGAAAUAUCAAUCCGAGUUGGACCAAAAACUGUCCAAAACAAAGCGUUCUUCACUUAAGUUAAUUUCUUUUCCAGAUGUGCCGACGUAUCAGUGGAGAAUUCCAGGUCGACAAACGCAUUGUGAUAUCUACUAUGUGGGCAUCUACGUUUGUUAUUACAACAUUGACUUUUUUUUUCUUGAUUUAGGAACAGGGAUACUGUCCCUUCCCCCCUUAGUAUAUGCCACCUGGCAGAGCUUGAUAAUGACACACUUUACCUGUAUGGCCCAGGCUCGUUGGAUGCACUGGAUCGUAACUGGGGUAAUCAAGCUGUACAGGCUGUGAGCGCCAUCUCCUUCAAAUUCAUCGACUUUGACAACAUCGUUCCUCAGUUGUACAAGAUAAGAGCUCGAUUCCCUUCUCUGUUGGUGAGUAUACCACGAAAGAAACAUGACUAACGUGCGAAGUUGUAAUUUUAAUUGUAAAUUGUAAUUAGUUCCGAAACACUUAGGAGCUCUUUAAGAGAACUCGUUAAAAUGUGUCCCUGCAUAUCCAGAUCGAAUUGAAAUUUGGAAGUGUUGGUUUUUAAGGAGAGGGGGAAACCAGAGUACCUGGAGAAAAACCUCUUGGAGCAAGGGAGAGAACCAACAACAAACUCAACCCACAAAUGGCGUCGACGCCGGGAGUUAAACCCGGAUCCCUGGUGGGAGGCGAGUGCUUUCACCAUUGCGCCACCCCUCCUCCCCUAAGUUGCCCUUUAGCAUCGGUGCAUUGUUAAAAGUGUUACCCGUAGAGACGUCUUUCGUUUUUGGUAUCUUAGUACAGGGCAUACAACUGGUCAAAAAGGUUUCUUUCAUUUGAACAUGCUUUCACAUGGAAAGUUGCUUGAAAGUUUCCGACCCACCUGGCCCUUCAUACUCGGCUGAAUUGUCAAAGAAAUUUCCAAAAAAGAGUAAACAUAAAACCUCACAGCGUUGAAACAAACGAACCCUUUGUCUUAAUCCGGCUCCAAUCAGGAAAUGCGAUAGAGCUCUAUAGUGUGGCUAGGCAAACAGUCAGUAACUCAUACUUAUUUUUGCAUUGUAGGGCCUUACGUUUACAGAAACAAACAUCAGAAGUUUGCAGCAAAUAAAUUCUUUAUCCCUACUAAGAAGACUUGAUCAUCUCAGUAUCAGCAGCGAAGGAAACCCCGUCACAACCUUUACUCUUUGGAGACCAUAUGUUCUUUUUCGUCUGGCACACUUUUCUCUUAGAAAAAUCAACGAUAUCGAGGUUAGUUAAGUAACCCAUAUUUUCUUCCAUUUGAGGGAUAACGCUUUAAUUUAAUGUUCAUCAUUGAAAACAGCCGACAUUUGGCGACGCUACCACUGGUUUCCCCGCCAAAUGACGUCUGAGAAACGAGUGCAGAAAUUCCAUACUGAUGACGAGGCGUCACUACCCAGAUCUGGGCAGUGCUUCUCAUUAGUCAUGCCGCUCGGGAAAUUUGAUUCAACCAAUCAGAAGCACUACCCAGAUCUGGGUAGUGUCGCGUAAUCAGUACCGUUUCUCAGACGUCAUUUGGCGGGGAAACCAGUGGUAGCGUCGCCAAAUGUCGGCUGUUUUCUCGGGCAACAUUUUGUUUUUCUUCCAUUUAUGGUGGUCUAGGUGACGGCUGAAGAUAAUGUUGCCGCUGAAAAGUUGUUUGGAACGUUGGCUCACAUUACUACAUCUCAGCUUCCUCAAUCCAGACUCCUCACCAUGUUGGGAGAUUCAAGGUAACAUGCAACCUCGUUUCCAGGUUUCUCUCCUGCUCGUACCCUGGGAGCGAGGUUUGGUAAAAUUUAACUUGUAACUGAUUCAGUCCAGCUCUACUUGAAAACGAGAUUUCAAUUUAUUUGGUCGCUCACUAAUAAGACUUUAAUUCGCCUGUUAUGUUUACCAUAAGAAGUUUUAGUAUUAGUAUAGCCUGCGAGCAAAGCGAGCCGCGCAAGAACGCGCGAGCGAGCAGCGAAACCGCGGGGGGCCACCCCGCUUUCGCGUCUCCUCUCGCGUGUCUCUCGCGCGUCUACUUUUCGCAAUAUCUCCCAAAUGGAGAGCCUGCUCGCGGGCUAGUAUCUGGAAGGCUUUAUUUAUGGAGGGUGACACUUGACAGUAGUAAAAACACUGAUAAAUUAGUGGCACUCAUUACACUAUCAAAAGUACCUUAAAAGUGAAAUCAGUAUCAUAAAAAUUCUAACACUAUACAUUAAACAGUAAAAAGAGCGACAGUUAAAAAUACAAAAAGCUUGAAAUAUCAUUCAAAGUGGCAAAUCAGCUGAAAUAAAUUCUUAAUUUAAAAAGCCUCAUAUUUGGAAGUUCUCAGUUCUUCAACGAACUUGAAAGAACUUACGAUUUUAGCCAGCCCGGCUGUAAAUUAGGUCUUAACAUAACUGUAGAUAAAUUAUGUCUCUUACUGGAAAUAAUCUAUACAAUGGUUAUUAAAUCGUAAAGUAAUCCUUAUGUUUUUCGCUUUGUGUUGAUGUUGUAUUGUCAGUGGUAGAUUAACUGUUAGUAUCUUUGCGUUUCAGGCGAAAACAAGUUCUGGAUGCGGAUAAGAAUAAAAGAAGCGAGCCUGGAAAACACGAAAGGUAAUCGUUUAUCAAUGGGUAAUAUUACUACUAUUUUUUUAUUCCAAAUUCUAAUCUGUUGAAGUACACAUUACCCUUCUGAUAUCAUUCCUUAGCGGCAAGAAUAUCCGAAGUUACCCCGGAGACUUCCGAAAAUUUAUCGAGCUUGACGCAAAGUUUUCCGAAUCCAUCCAAAACCUGUCGGAAUUAAAAAAAAAUGCCCUUUAUUUGAGUGUAUUUAGCACGAAAGUACCAAUUGGGGACACUAUUUUUACGUUUCGUACUGGAGACGGGACCGCCAUUAGGUGCUCAUCCGAGCCAGGCGAAGAUCUACCCGUUUGCAGGGCAAAGGGAGUACCUUCAUUUCUCAGUCAUUUUAAGACCCUGAGUGUUGGUCCGAUCCCGGGAAUGGAACUGGCUACCUCACGCUCUGCAGUCAAGCGCUCUACCUACCGAGCUAAUCCUGUUGCAGUAACCCGAACGUUUCGUGGGAUUUCGGACAAAGAGCUGAACGUUAGCGAAAAUCUCCGUGAAAAUGAUACGAAGACCUAUCUUGCGCGGUACAACAGUGUCUAUUGAGAUUUUUCGAGGCCUCUUUUUGGGGGACUUCCCUUUAUCAGUUCACAUCCUGAUUAUGUAAUCUCUCUCUACUUCCCAGGACUCCCUCUACGGAAUCUGUCAGCCGCGCAGGACUACAGUACUGGCCAGCGGAAUCACAACGGUCUCAUAACCAGGUAUGUGUAUCUUAUGUUUCAAUUGUAUUCUUGGUUUCAAUCUUAUUUUCCCUUUUUGUUUCAAACUUAUUUACUUUUACAGAUGCUUUUACAUUACCAUACCCAAAAACAAGUUUAAGAUUGAACGACAAUCAUGUUUUUGUGGCCACUGUCCUAGUCUACCACGCAACCGUUUUUUUGUGUCGCCGCGCCAUGCUCCUCCCACAAGGAUCGCGUGACCACAAAAAACGGCUGCGUUGGAGAGUACCAGCUUACCGGCACUUAGAGCAAGCAGAGUACAGACUUGUUUUCUAUUUGUUUUCGUCAAGGAAGCAGAAGAGAGAGGAAAAUUUGCUGUAAACUACAUGAAGGAGAUCGCUCAUACCGCCAUCCUCACAGAACGAAAGAAAAAGAAAUUAGAUGAGAUCCUGCCGGAACUGUUUUGUCAAAUGGUCCAAACGGCUGUGGUGGACCUUGCAGAUUUGGAUAAGUUUAUGAGAAACAGCUUUGAAAAAUUAAAACAGAAAUAGAAGAAACAGACAAAUUAUUGCACUGGCCCUCUGACGUAAACAGAAUCUCUUCCAUCACGCCAUCUUCCCCUUGGAGAAUUUUUAAAUGUUGUCUUAGAUUUUCGAUGAAAUAGUUAAGAAACACACCUAAUAUCAGACUCAAAAAACAGUUCCACAAGAAUCACAAGAUUUGUCACGGGUACAAGAUUUUUCAUGGUCGGCUGGCUGGCUCGCUCCUCCAAGUGUUAGUAUAUUUAACGCAAAACAAGUUAUAUUGUUAUUUAUUCCUGGAGAGCGUAACCGGGGCUUAAAAAACGUUCAGCAAGCGAGGCGACCUCCUUAAGAGACACGCCCUUUUCCCCUUGAUUCCUGCUGAGCCACAAAUGGUUAGAUAAAAGUUCAAAUGCUUGGAUUGUAUGGCCAAAUGAAAAAAUGGAGGACGCGGAGAGUGGAAAAUGGAAAUUAUAUAAAAAGUGAAGAUUGGGGGUUAUGAAAAGUACGUGUAAUAAAGAGUUAAAUGUUU